AUGAAUCGGAUAUUUGGAACCUCUAAACCACAGGCCCCAAAACCUACUAUUACUGAUGCUAUAACAUCGGCUGAUGCUAGGGUUGAUAGUGCAGAAGUCAAGAUGAGAAAGCUCGAUGCUGAGCUGAUGAAAUACAAGGAGCAGAUGAAGGGGAUGCGAGAUGGUCCAGGAAAGAAUGCAGUUAAACAAAAGGCUAUGCGAGUGCUAAAGCAGCGAAAAUUAUAUGAGGGUCAGAGGGAUCAGAUCAUGCAGCAGACUUUUAACAUGGAGCAAGCUUCAAUGGCUACCGAAAACCUUAAAAGCACAAUGGUUACAUUGGAUGCCAUGCAAUCUGCCAACAAGGAACUUAAAAAACAGUAUAAACAAGUGAAUCUGUCAAAAAUUGAGGUAGUUUACUAUGAAAUGGAGGAUUUGCUUGAGCAAGCCAACGAAAUUCAAGAGACUAUUGGCAGAUCAUAUGGACUACCAGACGAUGUGGAUGAAGCCGAUCUUGAGGCUGAGCUAGACGCUCUAGGCGAUGAUCUCAAUUUGGAAGAUGAGGAAGUACCAUCAUAUCUUCAAGAGCCAGAAUACGUUCCAGAGAUGCCCUCUGCUGCUACUGAAUUGCCCAGUACAUUAGCACCAACUGAACAUCCUCCAGAAUUGGCUAACGCACCCAUGAAACUGGGUGCUUAG